UGGUGCAUGCAUUAGUCCAUUGAUUAUUUUGGAUGGGGUCACCGCAUGAAGCUUUCGAUAGAGAUGACAUGCUUCACCCAUCCACGCCUUUUAUUUACCUUUUAAAUUUGAAUCUAUUGCAUCCCUUGAACUGAAAGUAUAAUUUAUGUUUCGUUUGUGUAUUUGUGCUCCUUGAGACGAGGGCUUUGAAAUAAGAGCAAGGAAAACGUUUAUAAUCAUCCGACUAAUCUUCCUCUCUUUUAAGCCUCCUUCUCUAUGCGCCAUAUGUCUGUGUCAGGCUGCGGCUGCCCACCGCUUCGCCCCAACCUUAUCUUAUCUCUAACGCAGCUCCUCCACUCGUUUCUUCUUCUUUCUUCCUCUUACAUCCCAUCGCCAGGAGAUUAGCCAUGGCGAGCAGCCGAGCACCACCACAACAGGAAAACGGAAGAGUUAGACGCCGGCCGUCGGCACCAACAGCCGGAGCUCCUCCGUUGCAUCGCUGGAGGUGGCAUAGCGCCCAUGGAGGGGAGCCAUGGUGAGGACCACCACAACAGCGGGGAACCGGGAGGUGAUGCCGCCGAUACGAAUGGCGCUCGUCGAUGAACGCCGGUGCUGCAACGCACCAACGCGUCCAUGGCCGCCGUACUCGAGCGACGGCGGCGGAGCUGAAAUGGAGCUGCUCGACGGCGGCAGAGCUGCAAUGGAGCUGCUCGGCGCAGGCGACGGAGCUCCAAUGGAGCGCUCGACGCCGGCGGCGGAGCUGCAAUGGAGCUGCUCGGCGCAAGCGGCGAAGCUGCAAGUCGCGGGCUAUGUAGUUGCAAUGGAGCCGCUCGGCACAGGCGGCGGAGCUUCAAUGGAGCGCUGGACGCCGGCGACGGAGCUGCAAUGGAGCAGCUCGGCGUAGGUGGCGGAGCUGCAAGGAAGCUGCAAGUCACCGGCUACGGAGCUGCAAUGGAGCGCUCGUCGACGCCUACCCCCCUGCUCCGAUGCACCACUCCCGCGAGGGGUCCCGGUGCUGCAGCGCUGCGCUUGUGGGUGGCUCAGUGCAGCGUCAUCGGCGGCUCUUGGGGGCAGCCCGUUGCAGUGAAGCGCUGCUGCCAUGCCUAGAGUCUAUGGUGUUGCACGACUGGCGGCGGUAAUGUGUUUGCAAGGCGAGGAACGGCUUUGCUGCAAGGCGAGGAACGAGCUGGGCCGAGCCUGGUGCUGCGAGCGAGCGCGGCAUGGCGGCUGCGACUGCGAGCUAGAUCAGGGCCGCUCGCUGGAGCUCACCGCGUCUAUCUCAGGAAUCGCGUGUGCGUGGGGAUUUUUUUGAAUUGGCUGCGACGCGAGGAAGACGAGGCCACGUGCGGUCUUCUAUUGUGUGAGAGCGACGCGGUCUAUGUUGACUAAUCCAACGUAUCGAGGGAUUUGAUCGGA